AUGUCCUUGGAGGGAGCAGGCCUGCGGCCAGGGCUGGGGGCCGAGUCCGGGGCCGAGCCGGAGCCGCUCUGCCCUGAACAUGGCCAGCCUCUGAGUUGGUUCUGCUGCUCCGAGCGGCGACUCGUGUGCUCCGCCUGCGCGGAGCUAGGCGGUCGCUGCGGGGGGCACCGCAUCCGCCGGGCCGAGGAACGCGCCGAGCAGCUACGGAACAAGAUUGUGGACCAGUGUGAAAGGCUGCAGUUGCAGAGUGCCGGCAUCACCAAAUAUGUGGCUGAGGUCCUAACAGGAAAGAACCAGAGAGCAGUGAGCAUGGCGAGCGCAGCACGAGAACUGGUCAUCCAGAGGCUGAGUCUGGUACGGACUCUGUGUGAGAGCGAGGAGCAGCGGUUACUGGAGCAGGUGCACGGUGAGGAGGAACGCACCCACCAGAGUAUCCUGACCCAGAGAGCACAUUGGGCAGAGGUGCUGCAGAAGCUCGAUACCAUCCGCACCAGCCUGGUGGGCAUGCUCACCCAUCUGGAUGACCUCCAGCUGAUUCAGAAAGAGCAAGAGGUUUUUGAGAGGACAGAGGAAGCGGAGGGCAUUUUGGAUCCCCAGGAGUCAGAGAAGCUGAACUUUAAUGACAAGUGCACUUGGAGUCCACUACUGAACCAGCUCUGGGCAACGGCAGUUCUCGGGUCCCUCUCAGGAACGGAGGAUGUGCGUAUUGACGAAAGGACUGUCAGCCCCUACUUGCAACUGUCAGACGAUCGAAAGACUCUGACCUUCAGUGCCAAGAAGUCCAAGACCUGUGCAGAUGGCCCAGAGCGCUUUGACCACUGGCCCAAUGCCUUAGCCACCACUUCCUUCCAGGCGGGGCUGCAUGCCUGGAUGGUCAACGUUCAGAACAGUUCUGCCUAUAAGGUGGGCGUGGCCACCUGCCAGCUGCCACGCAAAGGUUCUGGCAGUGACUCCCGUCUAGGCUACAAUGCCUUCUCUUGGGUCUUCUCCCGCUAUGACCAGAAUUUCUGUUUCUCACACAAUGGGCAGCAUGAGUCUCUGGGGCUGCUGCGUUGCCCAGCCCAGCUGGGCGUGCUGCUGGACUUGGAGGCCCAAGAGCUGCUUUUCUAUGAGCCAUCCUCCGGUACCGUGCUCCACACCUAUCGCGCCCCGUUCCCGGGACCCCUCUUCCCCGUCUUCGCUGUGGCCGACCAGAACAUCUCCAUCACUUGCUGA